AUGUCUCGACAAUUCAGACUCUCUCAUCUAUUUCCACUAUUCGUUGCCAUUGCCCAUACCAUGGGCGGAAUCGUUCCCUUCGUCGCCAAAGACGCUGGAAUCCGCUCCUUCGGUCUGCCGGAGAGAUUCGCAGAGUCAACUAUAGCGCAGUCAUGCUUCAUCCUCGAUGGCGCCCGACUUUCUGUGCUAGGGAUGGUUCAGCUAAUCAUGUAUCUUCGCGGAGACUAUGCGGCAGUAGACAUCAUUAUGGCUCUUUUGGUGUAUGUUGGGCUCGUUGAUGGAUGCAUUUACCGCGUAAGUAUUGGCGAGGAUGAUCUUCCCUCAAGGAUUGACCAGGUUCUACUGAAGUAUAGAGCCGACGUCAAGCCUCGGACCCAGGACAUUGCAAAAUUGGUGGCUGAGGCUCCAAGCUCGGGUGACGCUGGCAAGUCGGCUACUUCGGGAAUUGACGGAACUUUACCCAUGGGCCAAGGGAAAUCAAACGUGGCACGAUUUCUCCAAAACGUUCUCGGAGCUACGGACGCUGGUGCGCGUUUCCCCAAGCUGCGGGAGAGCCUAUCACAUGCGGGCCAACUUCACAUGGAAUUUGCUUCAACGAAGCUCGGCUCGUGGGGCACAUGGUCACGAAAAGUCCCGGAAAGAAGUGGUCUGGUCAAGAUGUUGAAGUAA